AGAGCGACGAUUUUUACCCAAAACACAAACAAAAUGGCUGACAAGAGCGAGUUGAAACCAGCAGACGAAGUUAAAGCUCUUGUAGACAAACUUUAUGAGUACCGAGACCAUUACUGUGAAAAUUAUGGUGUUGAAAAGGCAGUUGAUAAAGACAAAGAUGUGAAAAAGCUGAUGGAAGAAACAUUAAAAAAAGUUGAAACACAAAAAGAAACGUUCAGCAACAAGGCGACAUACUUCAUGCUGCUUGGGCGAAUUCUCAAUGUGAUGCCUGAUUAUGAUGCCAUUGCCUAUGGACAUCUAUCGAAGGCCGUGAAGCUGGAUCCCAAACUUGUGGAUGCCUGGAACCAGCUGGGGGAGCUGUACUGGAAGAAAGGCGAUAUCAACAAUGCAAAGAACUGCUUCACUGGGGCCUUAACUCAUUCCAAGAACAAGCUGUCACUCCGCAGUUUAUCAAUGGUACUUCGACAACUGAACGUCAACACUGAUCAAAAAUUGGCCAACGUGGAAGAGAGUGUUGAGAAGGCAAAGGAAGCAGUCCAACUAGAUAUCACUGAUGGAAUGUCUUGGUUGAUUCUGGGCAACGCAUACCUGUCCCUGUUUUUCUCCAAAGGACAGAACCCAAAGAUUCUGCAGCAAGCUAUGAGCGCCUACAAACAAGCUGAAAAAGACCCAGUGGCAAGAAAUCAUCCAGACUUGCAUUUCAACAGAUCAGCUGUAUAUAAGUUUGAGGAGAACUACGCGCAGGCUCUGGAAGGUUUCUCCCACGCCUCCCUGCUGGACCCUGGCUGGAGGGAACCCCUCAUUCAGGAACAGCGCUUGCUCACCUACCUAUCCAGCGUUGCAGAGAUGGUCGAAGAAAAGGGCAAGGUUCGAGGUAAGCGUCUACAGACUCUUUCCCAGUCUCCACGUGACUCCGCCCUGGGUCCGUACGCAGGUGGAGGCUACACUAGCGCAGCAGGGAAGACGGUAAAGUUGAUGCGAUGCACGUUCAAGGAUCUGGAUGAUGGUGUCAACCCGGAGAGGGUCGUACUGGGGAAAGUGGCCUGUACUGUGCCCACAGAAGAACUCGUUCCUUUCACAUUUUGCAUGUUAGAUGAGGCAGAGACGUGUGUGCCGGUCAAUGUGUAUAAUCUGGCCCAGGGGUCAGGGGUCAAAAUAGGGGACACAGUCGCGAUUCCUGAACCCUUCCUACAGCACGUCAGGGUCAGCCAUAAGGGAAAGGAAUUUGACUACAAGAGCAUACGAGUCAGUACGCCGGUCGUGCUAGUUGUGAAUGGAAGAAAACUUGGCCGUGACAAACAAGUUGGCACUGUCCUUGUUGUAAACAAUCUCCUUGACUGAGAAACUACUUGAGAAAGAGAGAAAAUAUUGGUGGGAAAUGUAUAACAGAAAGCUGAGAUUUUGUUAUCAUUGCACUGACUUCUCAACAAUAAAGACUGUUGUGAGAAGAUAAAGCUGAAACACACUAUUUUCCUAUUUGCAAUAAGCAUGCAAUACUGUAAGUGUAGACUGAAUCUGCUUCUGCUUAGCACAAAAUUACUUUCAGAAAUUCUUUAAAAAAAAUAGAUUUAUCAAGUUAUAAGCAUGGAACUGUUGUACCGGUAUUACAUUUUUUAGUAAGAUAAUUUUCACAAACAUCAAAAAAGCAGAUCAGAUCAAUAAAUUGUCUCUGGUUCUCAGAUGAGCACACCAGGGCCUGUGGCCGUCUUGUUUGUCUCACUCAUUGCUUGGGAACUUGUACAUCUCUGGGAUACGACAAUUGCAAACAAAUUUUCAAACAUUACUUUGUCCUUGACACAAUUUGAAAUCAUGAACAAUUUUUAUUCAGUAUCAUAAAGGAAGUUUUUCAUUGAUCUCAAUCAUAUAUAUGUAUAUAUAUUGCAUUAUGUUCAUAUCCACAAGUAUGUUCUUUUUUAUAGUACAAGGUGGGAAGUAGAAAGGCAUAAAUAUCUUCAUCAGAUCCUGUAAAUCCAACAUGUAUUAAUCAUGUAUGAUAAAACAAGCAAGAUUGCUUCAUAAUACUGUAAACGUAUAGAAAUUCGUUGGUAUGAAAAUUCGUGGUUUAAUAAAAAACAACUACUUCGUUGACACGUAAUUUCCUGGAUUUCACAUUUUCGGGGAAGACUUACCGUCAUAAUAAUUAAACUUUUAUUAAAAUAACUAGAGUAAUAACGAAGCAUAAUCAGCUAAUCUGUGUUGACAGCAAGACUUGAUGUUAAUGUGCACUUAAGCAUGAAAGUGUUGCCGAUAAUUGCCGAUAAGAGCAAUAAAGCGGCGCACUUGUGGGUCCCCGCUCGCUAAUUGCCAUCAAUGUUGUUUUGACAAUGUUUGCAAUACUCAGCGCAAUCUGUCCCCUAGUAGUAACAAUUGAGUAAUAAGGUCCCAAAAAUACACGUGUGAAAACUGUUAUGUCUCUUUUAACUUUAAUUGGCACUAAUUGACAUACGUGAUAAAUCUGCAAACUGUUAAUAUGACGACGUCACAAAAAAGAGAACAAUCAUUGAUGUACAGUUUAAAAACCGUUCUUGAUUUAAAAAAGUAUUAUUACCCAAACACUUUACAUUUUUAAUCCGGAAAUGUUACUUACCCGGUAGUCAAAUUAUAGUGAAAUGUGACCAACUGAAGUGAAGUUACUAUUACAAAAAACAAAUAUCUCGGAUAACCGACCACGAAAGAAAAUGUCUGAAAUGACCGAUUCGGAUUAAAAAUGUAUACAUAAUCGUUGGUACUUGAAUUCGUGGUUCAGCAGGCCAACGAAAUCCACGAAAAUUCGUACCCCACGAAAUUUAAUGGUUUUACAGUAUAUUGUUAUGAUGUACCAGUAUACACACAACAAUUGAAACUUGAUUAUAUAAGGAUAAUCAUUUUAAAGAUAUGGAUUUACUAUUUGCCUGAUAGAUAUGGAUUUACUAUUUGGCUGAUAGAUAUGGAUUUACUAUUUGUCUGAUAGAUAUGGAUUUACUAUUUGCCUGAUAGAUAUGGAUUUACUAUUUGCCUGAUAGAUAUGGAUUUACUAUUUGCCUGAUAGAUAUGGAUUUACUAUUUGUCUGAUAGAUAUGGAUUUACUAUUUGCCUGAUAGAUAUGGAUUUACUAUUUGUCUGAUAGAUAUGGAUUUACUAUUUGUCUGAUAGAUAUGGAUUUACUAUUUGCCUGAUAGAUAUGGAUUUACUAUUUGUCUGAUAGAUAUGGAUUUACCAUUUGCCUCAUAGAUAUGGAUUUACUAUUUGCCUGAUAGAUAUGAAUUUACUAUUUGCCUGAUAGAUAUGGAUUUACUAUUUGCCUGAUACCUCCCUUACAGGCACCUCGACUUUGCUUCAUUUUCGAUCUUAUAAAAUGGAUAUAAAUCGACCUUCAGGAUUUUAAAACAAAAUCUGAAAAGAAAUUAGAUGCAUGUCAUUUUUAUUUGCUUUAAUUAUAAGACUUCAUGUAUUCUGUUUCUUUCUUUUUUAAUUGUUUAUUGAGUCUCAAAUUAUAUCAACUAAGCUUUAUUUAUACAUUAUAGAUUCUUAUUGUGUGAAACAUUCAACUUAUGUUCAACUUAAAAAAACUCUCAUAACAUACAAGUGCUGUUUCCUGUUCAUAUAUCAAGACACUUACAAGCUAACGUAUGCAGUGUAUAUAUCAUUGUUAAACAAUCCUUCAUGUUAUGUCAGACUAUUGACAUAAUAGAUAUGACAUAAAAGUUUUUGUUUUACUUCUGGAUGUGUCUUUUAAACAGCAUUCAGGUUAUACAAUUGUUGUUUUAACACUUAAAUAAAUCUAUCUUUAUCUGUUGAUUGUGUAAUAUUAUUAUAAAGCACUUGUUAAAGGAAUGUAAAGAGACAUUUUUGUCAUUGCUAUGACAAAUAAGGAAGUAAUAUGAGCUGCGUUCUUGGAAACCUUGGUUUAACGCAUGUGAGUAGUGUUUUAAAAAAUUAGCCUGUGCAGUCUUCACAGGUAUGUACAUGACAUGUUUGCAAAUGGUACAGUUAAGUAGUUUCACCAAGUGCUGUUGAGUUAUAAUAUAACUAAAUGUAUUUCUUGAAGACAAAAUAGAUUAAAGUGAGAUACUUGUCAAUUAAUUGUAUUAGAACUUAUGCCAUUCAAGCAUUUUCAGUGUGCAUGGGCAUUCAUCUAUCAUUGUAAAUCUUCAUGAAUUCUAACAGUUUUAAUGUCCCCUGUUUCCUUUCAUUGCUGUUUGUAUUUGAGCCUCCCACUGGCAAAAUGGGGCUAAAUCCAUGUGUAAAGUUUGGUCCCAGAUUAACCCAUGCAGUCUGUGUAAAGUUUGGUCCCAGAUCAACCCAUGCAGUCUACUAAAUACAUAUGUAAAGUUUGGUCGCAGAUUAACGCAGUCUGUGUAAAGUUUGGUCCCAGAUCAACCCAUGCAGUCUACUAAAUACAUGUGUAAAGUUUGGUCGCAGAUUAACCCAUGCAGUCUGUGUAAAGUUUGGUCCCAGAUCAACCCAUGCAGUCUACUAAAUACAUGUGUAAAGUUUGGUCCCAGAUUAAGCCAUGCAGUCUGUGUAAAGUUUGGUCCCAGAUUAACCCAUGCAGUCUGUGUAAAGUUUGGUCCCAGAUUAACCCAUGCAGUCUACUCAUGCUUAUUAGGGACCACACUUUCUGUUACACUGGAUUUUUGCUAAGAAUUGACUUCCUUUAAAUGAAAAAUACCUCAACAGCAGAAAGUUUUUUCCCUGAUUAGCUGUGCAUUCUGCACAGGCCAAACUGGAAGAACACUAUGCACAUGCAUAAAGCCCCAUUUUCCCAGAGCGAGGCUCAGUUGUUUCGUGUUGAGAUCUUAAGUUGGCCUUUUUUAUGUACUUUUUUUAUUGUGUGUCGUAUAGCUUCAUUGCAGUUUAUCAAAAGAAUAAAACAGCCAAUUUGAGGAAUAAAUGACCCUGUUGGAAUUGCCUUUAAUCUUGCAUGGGCUUUCUAUUUUUUACUGCACAAGGGAUUUAAAAAAAUAUUCAGGGGUCAAAAUAAAUAAUUCUAUAAAUUUGUUUUCGCUUCUUGGUAAUUUUUGCAUCUAAAUGAUGUAAAGGCAGAUAAUGUGAAGGAGUCAAAAGUAAAAAAAAUUGUAAAAUGCUUGCAUAAAAAAGUGGGAAUGCUUCAAAUGAAAUCCAUGUAAAGGCUAUGACUAAGGUUUUCAUCCCCUUAUAACGGUUAUUCCUUUUUUGCUGACUUACUGGUUGUCUUAUUAAUUCAAUAAGUUUCACCUGUAUACAGUUAUUCUGAAAUGAAUUAUGAGAUAUGACAUAAAAGUUUUUGUUUUACUUCUGGAUGUGUCUUUUAAACAGCAUUCAUGUUAUACAAUUGUUGUUUUAACACUUAAAUAAAUUUAGCUUUAUAGGAAAUAGAAAGCUUCAUUUUUAAUUGUCUUUUGCACAAAAUUCAUACAGAACAAAACAAAUGACUGACUUUAUACAGUUUUUACCACAUAUUUGUAUAAGUUAUAUAUAAUAUUGUCCAUUGUUUAUGUUACAUAUCAUUUAGAAAUACCCAAUAUAUGCGUUCCCAAAAUCAUGAACCAGAUUGUCACAUACUGCUACAUACUGUGCUAUUUAUUUGAGUGAUAUUUUUGUGAUUAACUUAUUUUAUUUGUGAAUAUUUUGAUAGUGGAAAUAAAACAUGUAACAUAUUUA